CGAAUUAUAACUCGUUAUAGCUUCGCCGACUUAGGUUUGUCGUGAACGAGAGUCGUCUUCAUCCUUUAGUAUAAAUCUAAACCCAAAUACUUGUUCUCUCACAAUCACAAUUCUAAAAAUCUAAAAAAGCAAUCACCUCUCUCAAAUCGCAAAUUACGAUCCAAGAUGCAGAUCUUCGUCAAGACACUGACCGGGAAGACGAUCACGUUGGAGGUGGAGAGCUCUGAUACCAUCGACAACGUUAAAGCCAAGAUUCAGGAUAAAGAAGGUAUUCCUCCGGAUCAGCAGAGAUUGAUCUUCGCCGGAAAGCAGCUUGAAGAUGGGCGUACCCUCGCUGACUACAACAUUCAAAAGGAGUCAACUUUGCAUCUCGUCCUCAGGCUCCGUGGUGGUAUGCAAAUCUUCGUUAAGACAUUAACCGGAAAGACUAUUACUUUGGAGGUGGAGAGUUCAGAUACUAUUGACAAUGUCAAAGCCAAGAUUCAAGACAAGGAGGGUAUUCCUCCCGAUCAGCAGAGGUUGAUCUUUGCCGGCAAGCAGCUCGAGGAUGGUCGUACCUUGGCUGACUAUAACAUUCAGAAGGAGUCUACUCUCCAUCUUGUUCUCAGGCUCCGUGGAGGUAUGCAGAUCUUUGUCAAGACACUGACCGGGAAGACCAUUACUCUAGAGGUGGAGAGUUCUGACACCAUUGACAACGUCAAGGCUAAGAUCCAGGACAAGGAAGGCAUUCCUCCCGACCAGCAGAGGUUGAUCUUUGCCGGAAAGCAACUUGAAGACGGCAGAACAUUGGCGGACUACAACAUCCAAAAGGAGUCUACACUUCACUUGGUGUUGCGUCUGCGUGGAGGUAUGCAGAUCUUCGUGAAGACCCUUACCGGCAAGACCAUUACUCUAGAGGUGGAGAGUUCCGACACCAUUGACAACGUGAAAGCCAAAAUCCAAGACAAAGAAGGCAUUCCUCCGGACCAGCAGCGUUUGAUCUUUGCCGGCAAGCAGCUCGAGGAUGGUCGCACCCUAGCUGACUACAACAUCCAGAAAGAGUCGACCCUUCACUUGGUGCUACGUCUCCGUGGUGGUUUCUAAAAACUUUGGUUUUAAAAGUUUACUGAUAACUAUGUUUGCGUUGUGAUCUCUCCUUUCGUUUUAAAGACAAAUAAAAGUUAUCUAUUGGAAUGUGUGGUCUUUUGCUU